AUGGCUGAGGGUGAGCUUAUUGUGGAUCUGGGAAUGUGGAACGCUGAAGGGGAUCCCGAAUUGGAUUUAUGGGCUGACUUGCUGCCUCUCCUCCCUCCUUCGUCGGAGCCCUCUGUCAGUCCUGUUCCCACGUCUGGCCCAGGGAGGGCCUCAGUUCCCGAGUCUAUCCCAAGGAGGGCUCCUGUUUCCAUGUCCAUCCCAGAAAGGGCUGCGGUUCCCACGUAUGGCCCAGAGAGGGCUCCUGCCCCCACAUCAAGCCCUGAGAAGGCUCCUGUUCCCACAUCCCACCCAGAGAGGGCUCCUGCCCCCACGUCAAGCCCUGAGAAGGCUCCUGUUCCCACCUGUGUGCAGUCUCGUGAGCACUAUGAAGAGCCGAAGCUGGAGGCGGUGAGGGACAAUAAUAUGGAGUUAGUGCAGGACAUCCUGAGAGACCUCACCACCCUCACACCUCACAGUCAGGCAGCAAAUGAGCUCGCCUGCAUCCUCAAAGAGCCGCACUUUCAGUCUUUACUUGAAACACAUGACUCUGUAGCUUCCAAAAGCUAUGAGACUCCGCCUCCCAGCCCCUGUGCGUUUAUGGACCCUGCGCUCAACAACCAGCCUGUGCCUCCGGAUGCUGUCAGGAUGGUGGGCAUCCGCAAAGUGUCUGGAGAGCACUUGGGCGUGACGUUUCGGGUGGAGGGUGGAGAGCUGGUGAUUGCUCGGAUCCUGCACGGGGGCAUGAUAGAUCAGCAGGGCCUGCUGCAUGUGGGUGACAUCAUCAAAGAGGUGAACGGAAAAGAGGUGGGGAGUGACCCGAAGGUUCUUCAGAACAUGCUGAAAGAGUCCAGUGGCAGCGUGGUCCUCAAAAUCCUCCCCAGUUACCAAGAACCACACACACCACGACAGGCCUUUGUAAAGUGUCACUUUGACUAUGACCCCUCUCAUGACAACCUGAUCCCCUGUAAAGAAGCUGGACUCAAAUUCAGCAGUGGAGACAUCCUUCAGAUCUUCAACCAGGAGGACCCCAACUGGUGGCAGGCAUGUCAUCUGGAAGGAGGCAGUGCAGGCCUGAUCCCCAGUCAGCUGCUAGAGGAGAAAAGAAAAGCAUUUGUCAAGAGAGAUCUGGAGCUCUCUAGCACAGGGCCUCUGUGUGCAGGGAUUGGGGGUAAGAAGAAGAAGAAGAUGAUGUACUUGACCACCAAGAACGCCGAGUUCGACCGACAUGAGUUGAGGAUCUACGAGGAAGUGGCCAAGGUGCCUCCGUUCCGCAGGAAGACGCUGGUUCUGAUUGGAGCACAGGGUGUGGGCCGCCGCAGCUUGAAAAAUAAAGUUUUGGUGUCAGACCCACACCGUUAUGGAACCACCACACCUUACACAUCUCGUAAACCCAAGGUGGAUGAGAAGGAGGGGCAGAUGUACCUGUUUAUGUCUCGCAGCGAGAUGGAAGCUGACAUCAAAUGUGGCCGUUUUCUUGAACACGGGGAAUAUGACGGAAACCUGUACGGCACCAAGAUCGACUCCAUUCAUGAGGUUGUGGACUCCGGCAAGAUUUGCAUUCUGGAUGUCAAUCCACAGGCGCUGAAAGUUCUGCGAACAGCCGAGUUUCUUCCAUAUGUGGUGUUCAUCGAAGCCCCAAACUUCGAGGUUCUGAAAGACAUGAACAGAUCUGCCAUUGAGGCUGGUGUUGUGAAUAAACAGCUGACGGACUCAGAGCUCAAACGGACAGUGGAUGAGAGCGAAAGGAUCCAGAGGGCGUACAGUCACUAUUUUGACCUGAGCAUUGUGAAUGACAACCUGGACGGAGCGUACCGCAGCCUCAGGAGGGCACUGGACAGACUCAACACAGACCACCAGUGGGUUCCUGUCAGCUGGGUCUUCUGAGAGCAGUUGGGUUCUUUUCGGUCUGCAUUUCUCAAAGUGGCUAGGAGUCUAGUUAACUGCUGUAAUCUAUGUGAACUUGCCUGUUCUUUAGAUUUUUGCACAAAAAAACAUGACGAUUCAAAGCUAGUUUAUUAUUUUGUAAAGAAACGAAGCUGAUAUGUAUAUCUGUAUUUGUUUUAAAGGAGUUCUGUACAGUGCUGUACGUUUGUUAUUCCUGUGAGAGUAGGGCUGUAUAUUUGUAUAGAAACUGUAGAAUAUGUUUUAACACC